GUUACUCUUUCUUUGUGACGGUUGCUUCCUGGGGAGGUUAUGAUGGCGGGCUGUGAUUCCAUCACUAGCCCAGUGGUGCGACAGAUUGACAAGCAGUUUCUGGUCUGCAGUAUUUGUCUUGACCGAUACAACAACCCCAAGGUGCUGCCGUGUCUGCACACAUUCUGUGAGAGGUGCCUGCAGAAUUACAUCCCCCCCCAGAGCCUGACCCUGUCGUGCCCUGUCUGCCGUCAGACUUCGAUCCUCCCCGAGAAAGGAGUGUCUGCUUUGCAGAAUAAUUUCUUCAUCACCAACCUGAUGGAGGUGCUGCAGGGCAAUGCAGCCUGUAACCAGGAGCAAGCCUCUCUGAAGGAUACGGUCAGUGCAGUGUCCGGACACUCCCUGUCGUGUCCCAACCAUGAAGGCAAGGUCAGUGCCAAGAGUAGCUGCUUCAAGAUGGCACAAGGGGUCUGGGAGAGGGCACACAAGCCAUGGGACAGGAAUCAGAGGUCAAGGGAAGGUGCUCAGGGCAGGGUGGUUUAUGGAUUCACUGUGUGCGGGGUUCAAGUGUCAGGAAUAGGCAUGGGUCGGGUCAAGAGUGCGCACUGGAUGCAGGGGUCGGGUCGGGGGCGGGCACUGGAUGCAGCUUUCAGGGUUCAGGAAAAGGCACUGAGUGAGGGAACCAGGAGUGGGCGCCGAGCGAGAGGAAAGACUGGAAUUGGAGGCAGUCCAGAGAAAGUUCACUUGGCUGACUUAAG